AUGUCCGACUCAGAUACUGGAGAGAUCAACUUCGUCUUCUAUCACUACACUCCGUCCAUCGUAGCUGCCAUCAUAUUCGUAGUACUCUUCGGGCUUGGUUCCGCUGGCCAUGUCUACUACAUCUUCAAGUUGCGUGCUCGCUACUUCAUCCCGUUCACAAUUGGUGUGCUACUCGAGUGCAUAGGAUAUGUUGGACGUGCUCUCUCACAUAGCGACAAGGAAGCUAUGGGUCCAUUCAUCAUGCAAAGUCUUCUACUUCUGGUCGCUCCUGCACUCUACGCAGCUUCAAUCUACAUGGUCCUCGGCCGCAUCAUCCGCCGUCUUGAUGCCGAAGAAUACGCAAUUAUCCGCACCAAAUGGCUCACAAAGGUCUUCGUCAUCGGCGACGUGAUCUCCUUCUUUGUACAGUCUGGCGGUGCUGGUAUUCAGGCCAAGAGCGACCUGGACUCGUUCAACACCGGAAAGAACAUUGUCAUCGCUGGUCUCAUUAUCCAAAUCAUCAUCUUUGGCUUCUUCGUCGUUGUGACGGGUCUCUUCCACAUUCGCAUCAACAAGCUUCCGACCGGUGUUUCGGUGGAUUCGAGUCUGAGCUGGCGCAAGCACAUGUACGCCAUGUACUUCUGCAGUGCUAUCAUCCUGGUGCGUAACCUCAUUCGUGUGGUUGAGUACGCACAAGGCAACGAUGGCUACAUCAUCACCCAUGAGUGGAUGCUUUACAUCUUCGACGCUGUCUUCAUGUUCUCGGUCACUGUCGUGUACCUCGUUCUGCACCCUAGCAAGCUUCUCGGCGAUGGACGUAUCGCAGCCAGAAGUGACCCUCAACUCUACGCCAUGGAAAGCGGUCAAACUGAGGUGAGAUUGCAAGGAUAG